AUGGAAAUCCAAAACAAGGAGUUCCUCCAAUGGCCGAAACCAAUGAGGGCCGAGGCGAGCCAGCGAGAUCCUGACAAAUACUGCCAGUAUCAUCGUACACACGGCCACGACACCAACAAUUGCUAUCAGCUGAUCAGCGAAAUUGAGAGGUUGAUAAAGAGGGGACACCUCAGGAAUUUCAUGAAAAAACCAAAGGGAGAAAGGCCUCAGCCGAACCCUAUAGCAGAGAGACCCCGGAGGACGGGAGCGGGACCGGUGAAUGAUGGUUCCAGCGGAACCAUCAACAUGAUUGUGGGGGGAACUGGAAGUCGGAUGAGCCGAAGAGGAAAAAAGAUAGGCCGAGACGGGGAGGGUAGCAGUGCCGAGGUCAUACAGGUAGUUGAGCAUUCUCCAAUGACCAUCUCCUUCUCUCCGGAGGAUGCCCAGGGCGUUCAGAUGCCUCACGAUGACGCCCUUGUUAUCAAGGUCGUCAUCCACAACUACCGAGUUAAGAAGGUUCUCGUCGACAAUGGAAGCAAGGUGAACUUGUUGCCGUACAGGGUCUUCUAA